UCACUUACACUGGCAAAGGCUCCGAGGGCUGGAGCACCCUAUCAGGUGGCGCGAACGCUUAGGUCAGCCUUCCCUCAACCGUCCCUCCGCUGGUCCACUUCUCUGGUUCCACGCCGUGUCUUUAGGAGAAGGAAUGGCCGCGAUUCCUGUCAUUAAAUUUUGCACUCAACGGAGACCGGAUAUCAACAUUUUGAUGACAACGACAACGGUUUCGGCAUUUGAAUUACUGAAAGAUAGACUUCCAGCUAAUGUUAUAUAUCAGUUUGCUCCACUUGAUACACCUGCUGCCAUUGAUGCUUUCCUUGGGUAUUGGAAGCCAAACUGGACUAUAAUAAUGGAGAGUGAAUUAUGGCCGAAUCUUAUUAUGGGUGCUUCCAGAUGUGGAAUUUGUCUUGCAUUAUUAAAUGCUCGUUUGUCUUCAAAAUCCUUUAGACAUUGGUCAAGACCACUCUUGUUUCCACUAAUAUCUCUUUUAUUGUCCCAAUUUUCUUUGAUUGCUCCGUUGAGCUCUGUUCAGGCAAUUCAUUUUCAGCUACUUCAAGCUCCAACAUUUUGCAUAAAUUUUCCUGGUGAUCUAAAAUAUGCGGUGGGUGAAUAUGAACUUCUAAAGAAAGAUGUCGAACACAUAGAAUAUCUGCAAAAACAGCUUUCUCAAAAACAGGUUUGGAUGGCUGCUUCCAUUCACCGUGGUGAAGAAGAAAUAAUUUUAGGAGUUCACAAUGUUCUUAUGCAAAGUCACCCAGACAUUGUCACCAUUAUUGUUCCUCGACAUCCACUACUUGGAAAAGAGAUUGCUGAUGUAUUGCUGAAAGGAGAGCUGAAUGUUGCUUUGAGGUCUCAACAUAAAGAACUUAUUCCAGGAUCAAGCAUAUAUUUGGUGGAUACACUUGGUGAAUUGAGGCAUUUGUAUAAGUUGACCCCAAUAGCUGUAAUUGGAGGUUCUUUCUUCCCUGGGUUAGCUGGCCAUAACAUAUCAGAAGCAGCAGCUGCUGGCUGUGCUGUUUUGACUGGUCAUCACAUUGGGCAUUUCUCGCAUAUGGUGAGAGAAAUGCAGCAAGUAAAUCCUUUGUCAUUAAUGCAGGUGUCAGGUAAACUAGAGCUUGAAAUGGCUCUGAGGGAGCUCUUUGCCGAUGCAAAGAUUCUAGAGUCACGACAGAAGGCUGCAAAAGAAGCUUUCCAUUCUUUAUCAACUACUGUUGUUUCCAAUGCUUGAGAUCUACUGGAUUUCCAUUUAUUGAGGCAAGAAUAAGUGUCGAUAACAAUUUGUAGAGAUUUGGCACCUGCUUCAAGUGUUGGACCCAAUCUUUGUGGCUGUUUCGCCACUACCACCUUUGUUACAUGGAAUCAUGAAAAAAUGAAUUCAUGCCCUCCAUGAG